CUAAACGCACGCGCAAGUCAGAACGACCGACGCGACGCGGACACCGAUAUACCGGUAUCGAUGAUCACGUGAUAAUCAAUAAUAUGAUAGUGUAACGUGAUAUAAAAAGUUGUUUUGGAUUAACCAUUUUCAGGUUUUAGUUAAAUUUACCUUCAUAUUGAUGUAAUUCGUUUUUAAGAACAAAAUGAAGUUAUUAACACUGAUUUUGUGUGUUACUACAACUAUAGUAGCAUCUAUACGAGUUUCGUCUAAUGGCAAUAGUCCAGAAAUUAAAAUGAUUGGAGGUAUGAUGGUGGACAUUAAAAAAAAUUUAGUUCCUAUGACACCCAGGAUAAAAGAAACACCAAUAAACUCAAAUUAUAAUAAAAGUCGAAGGUUGAAUAAUAAUUUAACAAAGCUGUCUAUAAAUGAACGCUACAGGAGAUUAAUACCAUACAUGACAUUUUACUACGCAAAUGAUUUGGUUACACCCACUACUGAGGCUUAUAUUGCUAAAGAUGUAGAAGUUGAGAAAGCAGAAAUUAUUGAAGCUACAACAAUACGUCUAGAAAAUGAUCGUCAACCAAAGAAAAUUAUAUUUUCACAGCACAAAAAUAUUCCUAGAUACCAGGGAAACCGAUUAACACAAUACAACAUUGCCUCUGCAAAUCCAAGAAAAAAUUUUUAUGAUGAAAUUGUUCCCGUAAAUCAAAACACAGUAAGAGUAAUACCCAAUUAUAAUCCUUUAUUAACAAGACAACCUAGUGUAUCAGUUAAUGCGCAUAAUUAUGAUAAUAUAGUGCAAAAACAUGUAAUUAAAGCACCAAGUGCCCCUUUUGCAAUCCGUAACAGGGCGCCUUAUAUUAAUAUCUAUAACAACGAAGAGAGUCCAAACAUAAGAUACUACUUAGAUGAAAAGGAACAAAGUCCCAGAUUUAAAUUAGUUCCAUAUGAGCAAACUCCUCCAGUUGUUGUAUCCCCAAAUGUAAACUAUUAUAAUGAUUUCAAAAAACCUAUACCAGGAUUGGGUAUAAGAGACCCAGUCCAUAUCAAACCAAAACCAACUCAAACACAAGUUUAUUAUGAUAAUGUUAAUAUUCAGCAAACGAUGGCUAGAAAACAACCUCCACCAACAAACUUAGAAAAUUAUUAUGAGAAACGCCAACCACAUCCAGUGUUAGUUCAACCUGUCAUUGAAAGUGGUUUCAAACCUAUUACGAGUCCACCACUAGUUACUACAGAAAUUCCUCGCUAUACCUCUAUACCAUCAGAAACACCUCUACCUUAUUUUGAAAGUGUUAAGCAACCACCUAUGCAGGGUCCUUUUGUAACUUCAACUACAAGUACUGAUGCAUCUCAUUUUCAACAAAAUUAUUACCAAUAUAUGGCAGAGGAAGUUACUUCUAAGCCGUCAAUGGAACAAGCAAAUUUUAAGCCGAUAUUAGAACAACCAAUUUAUCAAAACGGACAUCAUUCGUCUUCUAAUGCGGUAACAUUAGGAGAUCUUAUUAAUUCAUUACAAUUGAAUAAAUCUAUACCUAAACCUAUAACAAGGGAAAACGUAGGGGCGUCAAUAAGAACACUACUCCAGGUAUUGAAUGCCUUAAGAGCGGCACCAAUAGAAAACAAUGUCGACUCAAUAUCUUUCAGCACACCGAAACCGAUUGCGACCACUGACCUCAUUGAAACGACUGGGAAACCUUUAUUAGAAGUAACAUCAAAGGCGAUAUCUGAAGGGGAUUAUGACGAAGAAUAUUUGCCUCCUGUCAAAACACCGUCUCAGUAUUUAGAAGAUUUUCCUAGUAGCGGAGGUACCAGUCAGCAGUUCCCUUUGCCAGUCACAUCUGAUGAUGAAGGUGGCACGCCAGGGAGACCGGGUGUAGAUUAUCCGAUUCUUACGACAAUCCCUCCUACCAGUUUCGAUUGCAAAACACAGCGUUAUAAGGGUUUCUUUGCUGAUACUGAAACGAGGUGUCAGGUAUGGCACUAUUGUGAUCUGAAUGGUGGUCAAGCUUCAUUCCUGUGUCCGAAUGGAACAAUAUUCUCACAGGCUGCAUUAACAUGCGACUGGUGGUUUAAUGUCAAGUGUUCUUCUGCGGCACAACUGUAUGUUCUAAAUGAAAGCCUCUACAAGUUUAUUCUGCCUCAUUCGCCUAAAUUCCCUGAAGACUACAGCGGCCCCUUGGUUGAUAAAUACCUGACUUUGAAAUUCAAGGAAAUGGAAGAGCAAUUCAAAAAGAACAAGAAAAAAAUAACUGCUUCAGACAAGAUGGACGACGACAAUGAUUCAACGGAAACUAAGGACUACUCCAAUGAGGAGUCCGUAGAUUCAGAACAGUCAGGAGAAAGCGGAACAAGCGAUUUAAACGCAUCAAGUGUCAUUGUGGAAUCACCUGGCAUGAGUGGUAAUGUGGAAAGAUUAGCGGACAGUUAAAUUAAAAGUAAAAUUAGUCAUUCUGUUUAGAAAUAAAACUAGUAGGUUACCAUGUAAGGUCAAUAAGAUAUGAAAUAGGACCAAUAUGCUGUGAUAAUAUGGAAUUCAUUUUGGUUGACCACGGUUACUACGUGGUAUGCGUGUGAGCUGUGAACGUAUAUUAUCGCGUGAAUGAUCGUUUAAGGAACGUUCAAAGGUCGAAUUAUACAUUUUAAUUUUGCCAUUUUAAUAAGCUAUUCCAAUGCUAAUUGUGUUCUUGAGUGGAUGAUACUAUUUUAAGGAAUUAAACUUGCCAUAGAUUGCCAUGUUUAAUUCGGUUAAUUUAAUAUUAUAGAUCUAAGGUGCAAAAUACAUGCCUUCUUGUAAUAUUGUAUUUGUAAUAGACGUAUAUAAUUUUGAAUUGUCAGAAUUAAUUUAUUUCAUAUUAGUUUAUAUUAUACCUAAUACUCAUAUAAUGAUAGUUUAUCAGAUUGUAAAUAGUUUAGGUAACAUAUGUACAACUAUAAAAUAUCUAU